AUGGUGACAGCAACGAAGGACCCAAGCCCCAGCCACCAUUCGGCAAAGAAGGUUCGGAAAGCCCUGGAUUUCAAUGCGGUUGUGGCAGGUGAUGAAGAGGCGGGAAGCAACACCAAUCAUGCGGCGAAUGAAAGGGUGGCAGAUGAUAUCGUGCCGGUAGAUGAAACGUUGGCUCAAGAGGAGGGAGAAGAUGGUGAAACUUGGUGGAAUGAGGUGAUUGAGGAAGAACCAGGGGAGGAGGAAGCAGGGGAGGAGCUUAUGGAGGAGGAAGAGAAUCCGAUGGAGACACAAGGCAGUAACGAUAUGCAGAUGGAGGUCAGCGAUAAUGGGGGAAACCUCCUUGCUGUUGAACAAUUUGUUGAAGUGGAAGCCAAGGAAGUGGGGAAGAGCAAGGUGGGGGAGAGGAAAACUGGUGUCCAGAGGAAGAAGGCGGUUAGGGCAGCUGUAGGUGUGGCCGGCGGUCCUCUACGGCGAAUGAUUCAUGGCGCUAAAACACCUAGAAGAAAGACGUCGGCCAAAGAGACACAGCGCCCGGGAGAGAAAUUGGCGGGAAGGGAUAAAGAACCGGAGAAAGAUCCAUCGGAGACUUUGGGUUUAGAGGCAGUGGAUCAGGCGGAUUUACUUAGCAGGACCAGAGUUGCUCAGCAGAGUGAUCAGAGUUUGCUGGAUGCGACGAGAGUGACUGGUUCUGAAUAUGAGCUCGAUCGAGUUGAAGCUUGGCCGGUCGAGUUGAGGAACUCGACCGGUUGGUCGAGUAGACGGUCGAGCUGGUCUUCAAGAUGGCUUCUCCCUUCUUCCUUUGCGUAUCCAGUUGAGCUGCGUCCAUGUGCCAAGUCCCUCCAUGCUCCUCAUUCUGCACAUUUCUUGGCCAUCAAGAAGACAGAUGGAGCUGCUGUCUUGGCUAGGAAGUUUGUGCGAGAGAUUGUGAGGCUGCAUGGAGUGCCAGCUAGUAUUGUGUCAGACCGUGAUCCCAGAUUCACUUCAGAGUUUUGGAGAGCUUUUCAGGCAGAGAUGGGCACUAAGGUGCAUCUGAGUACAGCUUAUCAUCCGCAGACAGAUGGUCAGUCAGAGAGGACUAUUCAGACUUUGGAGGAUUUGCUGAGGAUGUGUGUGUUGGAUUGGGGUGGCCAUUGGGCAGAUCACCUGAGCUUAGUUGAGUUUGCAUACAACAACAGCUUUCAGGCGAGUAUUGGCAUGGCUCCAUUUGAGGCUUUGUAUGGGAGGCCAUGUAGGACACCCUUAUGCUGGACCCAAGUGGGGGAGCGCAGCAUGUAUGGAGCUACUUAUGUUCAGGAGACUACAGAGAAGGUCCGUGUGGUGAGGCUGAACAUGAAGGAGGCUCAGGACAGGCAGAAGAGUUAUGCAGAUAGACGCAGACGAGAGCUUGAGUUUCAGGUGGGAGAUAGAGUUUAUCUCAAGAUGGCUAUGUUGAGGGGUCCUAACAGAUCCAUAGCAGAGAACAAGCUGAGUCCGCGAUUUAUGGGUCCGUUUCCAGUAGUGGAGCGAGUUGGGCCAUUGGCUUACAGGCUGGAGUUGCCUGAGAUUAUGAAAGCCUUUCACAAGGUUUUUCAUGUGUCGAUGCUGAGGAAGUGUCUUCACCCUACAGAGGAGUUAGUGGCUAGGAUUCCAGAGGAUCUUCAGCCAGAUUUGACAGUGCCGGCAGUGCCUGUGAGGAUUUUAGAGAGGAGGGAAAAGGUUCUGAGGAACAAGAGGAUUCCCUUACUGAGGAUUUUGUGGGAUUGCAGUGGUUCUACAGAGGAGACUUGGGAGCCAGAGGCAAAGAUGAAGUUGAAGUUCAGGAAGUGGUUCGACAAGCAGGUCGAGGAGUGA